GCACUCUACCGUAAAACUGACAAGGGCACGAGUCCCCAGCAAAUGGAGCGCAGCGGUGAUAGACCGGGCAAAGUUUUUUCAUGCUCGUGAGGCUAAACCCAUCUAGCUUUGGUUCCCCAUUCCACAAACUAGAGUGCCAUUUUCGUCAAGGACAAAGCCUAAGAAGACAGAGUGCGAAGUGUGAAGAGAAGUGAUCAUGACAAGUAAGGCUAAGGCAUCGCCUUCCUUCUUUAAAGUCCUCGUCCCUGGCUUUUACUCCAAGCUCAGUAUGCCGCCGCUUUUCUGGAAGACAUUUGAACAUCUGUUGGCUGAAAGUGCCCUGCUUCAGAUUAAAUCUGGAGAAACAUGGUCCGUAAAGAUUGAGCGAAUUGGUGAGCAAUACUUUUUCACUGAUGGCUGGCCAAAGUUCGUGAAAGAUCAUGGCCUGAAAAUGGGCGAGUUUCUUGUGUUUUGGCUUGUGCUUGGCAAAAACAAUAGUACUACUAUCUUCGAAGUUGCAAUGUAUGGAACCACUGGGUGCGAUAAAGAUUUGAAUCCAUCAGCCCCGAUCCAUGAUCCACGUCAUUUUUUGCCUCAAUUGGUUGAUCAACCAAACCCGGAGAUCAAUCGCAAUCCACUUACUCAGCCAUCCAAAAGUGCAGUCCAGGGUUCAAGGAAGAGAAAAUCAAAGAAGAUUCGGUAUGACAAGGGAUCUCUAGAUGCUGGCAAGUACUAUACCAAGGUUUUGGCGAAUUAUCACCGAUAUAGAAUGAACGUAAAGAUGCCAUUUGCUAAGAAGCAUGGACUCGUAAACAAGUCAGAAGUGAUGCUGCAAAAUACGAAUGGAGCAUCUUGGCGUGUUGAACUGCGGCUCUACGAUAACGAUAUGCUAUACAUGUGCAAAGGGUGGACUGAUUUCCUGGAAAAUAAUGCACUAGAGUUGGGACAGGAGUAUGCCUUUGAGUUCAUUCCUGAAACUGAUAGCAUCCGGGUUCAGCCGUUCAAGAAACGUUAGUCCAAUACUACUCCCCAUUCCCCAACAGCUUCCUGUCCCUAACCACAGUAGAGUUGUGUGCUUGUAUUUGGAAGUUGAUAAGUAGCUUUUGUCGUUCUGAUAUUAAAGGCUAAAGCCUUUGCCGGUGGUUAGUUACUCCGAGUUUGUGCUAAUUAAAUAUCUGUCAACUCUUCCUUGUAAUUUUGGUCUGAUCGACCUUUCAAAAAAGAUGAAAAAAAAAAAACAAAUUGGUCUGAUCAA